GCGAGCGUGCGGGUGUGAGUGUGUGAUUGUGCGUGUGUGUGUGUGUGUGUGUGUGUGUGUGUGUGCGCGGGGUGCGUGCGCGCGCGGGGCCUGCCCAUUUUCCUCCUCGCAGCAGUCAGUUGGGAGCUGGAGGGAGGGGGAGAGGGAGACGCAGCCAGCGAGAAACCGGAGAGGAGCCGAGCUCCCUCCGCCCAAGGGCCCUCCCUCGGUCCGCACACAGGCGCCGUCGCUUGGAGGAGCAAGGUGCCUUCCGGCCCGUGAGGGCGCCGCGCACGGGCCUCCUCGGUGGCGCUGCCCCGGGACUGCACCUGGAGGCCGCCCCAGACGGGGAUGGUAAGCGGCCGCCGCCGUCUGGCACACAAGCGGGACGCGGUGAGGGCACCAUGGCGCUGAAGUCCCGGAGGGGGCCCUCGGCGGGGCUCGUCCGGCCCGAGCUCUGGCUGCUGCUGUGGGCAGCCGCGUGGCGCCUGGGUGCCACCGCGUGCCCCGCCCUCUGCACCUGCACCGGCACCACGGUGGACUGCCACGGCACGGGGCUGCAGGCCAUCCCAAAGAACAUCCCACGGAACACGGAGCGCCUGGAACUCAACGGGAACAACAUCACUCGGAUCCACAAAAACGACUUCGCGGGGCUCAAGCAACUGCGGGUGCUGCAGCUGAUGGAGAACCAGAUUGGAGUGGUGGAGCGGGGGGCUUUUGACGACAUGAAGGAGCUGGAGCGGCUACGACUGAACCGGAACCAGCUGCACAUGUUACCAGAACUGCUGUUCCAGAAUAACCAGGCUCUGUCGAGGCUGGACCUGAGUGAGAACACAAUCCAGGCCAUCCCCAGAAAAGCUUUUCGUGGAGCUACAGACCUCAAAAAUUUACAGCUGGACAAGAACCAGAUCAGCUGCAUCGAGGAAGGGGCCUUCCGGGCUCUGCGGGGGCUGGAGGUGCUGACCCUGAACAACAACAACAUCACCACCAUCCCCGUGUCCAGCUUCAACCACAUGCCCAAGCUGCGGACCUUCCGCCUGCACUCCAAUCACCUGUUCUGCGACUGUCACCUGGCCUGGCUCUCACAGUGGCUGAGGCAGAGGCCAACCAUCGGGCUCUUCACCCAGUGCUCAGGCCCCGCCAGCCUGCGUGGCCUCAAUGUGGCCGAGGUCCAGAAGAGUGAGUUCAGCUGCUCAGGCCAAGGGGAGGCGGGCCGAGUGCCUUCCUGCACCCUCUCCUCCGGCUCCUGCCCGGCCAUGUGCACCUGCAGCAAUGGCAUUGUGGACUGUCGUGGCAAAGGCCUCACGGCCAUCCCCGCCAACCUACCUGAGACCAUGACGGAGAUCCGCCUGGAGCUCAAUGGGAUCAAGUCCAUCCCCCCAGGAGCCUUCUCUCCCUACAGAAAGCUGCGGAGGAUAGACCUAAGCAACAACCAGAUCGCAGAGAUCGCGCCCGACGCCUUCCAGGGCCUCCGCUCCCUGAACUCGCUGGUCCUGUAUGGGAACAAGAUCACAGACCUCCCCCGGGGUGUGUUUGGAGGCCUGUACACCCUACAGCUCCUGCUCUUGAACGCCAACAAGAUCAACUGUGUCCGGCCCGAUGCCUUCCAGGAUCUGCAGAACCUCUCACUUCUUUCCCUGUAUGACAACAAGAUCCAGAGCCUCGCCAAGGGCACCUUCACCUCCCUGCGGGCCAUCCAGACCCUGCAUCUGGCACAGAACCCUUUCAUCUGCGACUGUAACCUCAAGUGGCUGGCGGACUUCCUGCGCACCAACCCCAUCGAGACGAGCGGGGCCCGCUGCGCCAGCCCCCGGCGCCUCGCCAACAAGCGCAUCGGGCAGAUCAAGAGCAAGAAGUUCCGCUGCUCAGCCAAAGAGCAGUACUUCAUUCCAGGCACGGAGGACUACCAGCUGAACAGCGAGUGCAACAGCGACGCCGUCUGUCCGCCCAAGUGCCGCUGUGAGGCCAGCCUGGCGGAGUGCUCCAGCCUGAAGCUCACCAAGAUCCCCGAGCGCAUCCCCCAGUCCACGGCCGAGCUACGAUUAAACAACAAUGAGAUUUCCAUCCUGGAGGCCACUGGGAUAUUUAAAAAACUCACUCAUCUGAAGAAGAUCAAUCUGAGCAACAACAAGGUGUCAGAAAUCGAAGAUGGGGCCUUCGAGGGUGCAGCCUCUGUGAGCGAGCUUCACCUGACCGCCAACCAGCUGGAGUCCAUCCGGAGUGGCAUGUUCCGAGGCCUGGAUGGCUUGAGGACCCUGAUGCUGAGGAACAACCGCAUCAGCUGCAUCCACAAUGACAGCUUCACGGGCCUGCGCAAUGUCCGCCUCCUCUCCCUCUACGACAACCAGAUCGCCACCAUCUCCCCGGGGGCCUUCGACACCCUCCAGGCCCUCUCCACGCUAAACCUUCUGGCCAACCCUUUCAACUGCAACUGCCAGCUGGCCUGGCUGGGCGACUGGCUGCGGAGGAGGAAGAUUGUGACCGGGAACCCGCGGUGCCAGAACCCAGACUUCUUGCGGCAGAUCCCCCUGCAGGAUGUGGCCUUCCCUGACUUCAGGUGUGAGGAAGGCCAGGAGGAGGGGGGCUGCCUGCCCCGCCCACAGUGCCCCCAGGAAUGUGCCUGCCUGGAUACCGUAGUCCGAUGCAGCAAUAAGCACCUCCAGGUCCUGCCCAAGGGCAUCCCCAAGAACGUCACGGAACUCUACUUGGACGGGAACCAGUUCACACUGGUUCCGGGACAGCUGUCCACCUUCAAGUACCUGCAGCUUGUGGACUUGAGUAACAACAAGAUCAGUUCCUUAAGCAAUUCCUCCUUCACCAACAUGAGCCAGCUGACCACUCUGAUCCUCAGCUACAAUGCCCUCCAGUGCAUCCCUCCUCUGGCCUUCCAGGGCCUGCACUCCCUGCGCCUGCUGUCCCUGCAUGGCAAUGACAUCUCCACCCUCCCAGAGGGCAUCUUCACAGACGUGACCUCCCUGUCUCACCUGGCCAUCGGGGCCAACCCUCUGUACUGCGACUGCCACCUCCGCUGGCUGUCUGGCUGGGUGAAGACUGGCUAUAAGGAACCGGGCAUUGCCCGCUGUGCUGGGCCCCUGGACAUGGAGGGCAAGCUGCUCCUCACCACGCCUGCCAAGAAGUUUGAAUGCCAAGGUCCCCCCACCCUGGCUGUCCAGGCCAAGUGUGAUCCCUGCUUGUCCAGCCCGUGCCAGAACCAGGGCACCUGCCAUAAUGACCCCCUUGAGGUGUACAGUUGUGCCUGCUCCAGCGGCUACAAGGGCCGAAACUGCGAGGUGUCCCUGGACAGUUGUUCCAGCGGCCCCUGUGGCAACGGUGGGACCUGCCGCCCGCAGGAGGGCGAGAAUGCCGGUUUCAUGUGUUCCUGUCCCACCGGCUUUGAAGGACCAACCUGUGAGGUGAAUACGGACGACUGUGUGGAGCACCCCUGUGCCAACGGGGGCAUCUGUGUGGACGGCGUGGGUAACUACAGCUGCCGGUGCCCCCGGCAGUACACGGGAAGGGCCUGUGAGCAGCUGGUGGACUUCUGCUCCCCGGAUUUGAACCCAUGUCAGCACGAGGCCCAGUGUGUGGGGACUCCAGACGGGCCCAGGCUCCUGACUGAGGGACUGACCGCCUCCCACCCCUGGUCGCCUCCCAGGUGUGAGUGUGCACCAGGUUACACAGGUGACAACUGCAGUGAGAACCAGGAUGACUGCAGGGACCACCGCUGCCGGCACGGGGCCCAGUGUGUGGACGAGGUCAACAGCUACUCUUGCCUCUGUGCGGAGGGCUACAGCGGGCAGUUCUGUGAGGCUCCUCCCCGCCCUCCCGCCCCCAGAAGCCCCUGCGAGGGGACCGAGUGCCAGAACGGGGCCAACUGCGUGGACCAAGGCGGCGGGCCCGUGUGCCAGUGCCUCCCAGGCUUCGGCGGCCCCGAGUGCGAGAAGCUGCUCAGUGUCAACUUUGUGGAUCGGGACACCUACCUGCAGUUCACAGACCUGCAGAACUGGCCCCGGGCCAACAUCACGCUGCAGGUCUCCACAGCGGAGGACAACGGGAUCUUGCUGUACAAUGGGGACAAUGACCACAUCGCAGUGGAGCUGUACCAGGGUCAUGUGCGUGUCAGCUACGACCCAGGCAGCUACCCCAGCUCUGCCAUCUACAGUGCUGAGACGAUCAAUGACGGGCAGUUCCAUACUGUUGAGCUGGUCACCUUUGACCAGAUGGUGAAUCUCUCCAUCGAUGGAGGCAGUCCCAUGACCAUGGACAAUUUUGGCAAACACUACACGCUAAACAGCGAGGCCCCCCUCUACGUGGGAGGGAUGCCAGUGGAUGUGAACUCAGCUGCCUUCCGCCUGUGGCAGAUCCUCAAUGGCACCAGCUUCCAUGGUUGCAUCCGAAACCUAUACAUCAACAAUGAGCUGCAGGACUUCACCAAGACGCGGAUGAAGCCGGGUGUGGUGCCAGGCUGUGAGCCCUGCCGAAAGCUCUACUGCCUCCAUGGCCUCUGCCAGCCCAGGGCCGCCCCAGGGCCCGUGUGCCAUUGUGAGGCCGGCUGGGGGGGCCUGCACUGUGACCAACCAGCGGACGGCCCCUGCCGUGGCCACAAGUGUGUCCACGGAAAAUGUGUGCCCCUCGACGCUCUCUCCUACAGCUGCCAGUGCCAGGAUGGGUACUCGGGGGCUCUGUGCAACCAGGCUGGGGCACCUGCAGACCCCUGUGGGGGCCUGCAGUGCCUGCAUGGCCACUGCCAGGCCUUGGCCACCAAGGGGGCACACUGUGUGUGUGACCCUGGCUUUUCGGGCGAGCUGUGUGAGCAAGAGUCCGAGUGCCGGGGCUCCCCUGUCCGGGACUUUCACCAGGUCCAGAGGGGCUAUGCCAUCUGCCAGACCACGCGCCCGCUGUCGUGGGUGGAGUGCCGGGGCUCAUGCCCAGGUCAGGGCUGCUGCCAGGGCCUGAGGCUGAAGCGGAGGAAGUUCACCUUUGAGUGCAGCGACGGGACCUCUUUUGCGGAGGAGGUGGAGAAGCCCACCAAGUGUGGCUGUGGCGUCUGCGCCUAGCGCCUGGCUGGACGGGGAGGGGGCACGGCUGCAGCGGAGCCCGGUGGCCAGCAGCAGGGUCCGGGGUGCGGGCCGGCGGCGCGGCU